UUUACUAAAGACCUAAUGGUGACUGCUACACCAGACCCCACCAUGGCUGCAGAACCCGUGACCCUCUUCCUUCUAUGCACCCUCAUCAUGAUGAUCGUGAAGAUCCUGAUGAACAUUUCAAAAAGAAAGAUUUAUAAUAUGCCACCGGGCCCGACCCCACUACCCAUUAUCGGUAACCUGCAUAUACUGGAUAUAAAUAGGCAAGACUUCACUUUCAUGGAGCUUGCAAAGAAAUAUGGUCCAGUGUUCACCUUCCAUUUUGGCCCUAUGAAAGCAGUGGUUCUGGUUGGGUAUGAAGCCAACAAAGAAGCUCUGACCACAGCCAAGUAUGAAUUAGGAGAUCGGGGAAUAUUCCGUAUUGCCGAUGACUUUCAGCAGAAUCAUGGAGUUUUCCUCGCCAAUGGAGAGUCAUGGAAGGUACUCCGAAGAUUUAUGCUUUCCAUAUUAAGAGAUCUUGGGAUGGGGAAGAGACCCAUUGAAGGCAAAAUUAUUGAGGAGUUACAGUACCUAAAUGCAGCAAUUGGGUCCUAUAAUGGUAAACCUUUUGAUAAGAAAGUGUUCUAUCUAGCUGCCCCCAAUAUCACUUAUGGGAUGUUAUUUGGGAGACGUUUUGACUAUAAUAGCAAAACAUUCAAGAAGAUUAUAACCAUCAUGGAUGACGUUGUUGUUCAUAUUGGUAAUCCAGCUGCAAAGAUCUAUAAUGCUUUCCCAAUAAUGAAAUAUUUCCUGAAAGAACCGGGACUAGUCAUGAACAGGAUUGAUGAACUCAAUGGAAUUUUGAAGGUUCUCUUUAAGGAAGCAAAAGAAGUAAAAUCUGAAGAUUCUUUCAGGACAUUCGCUGAAGCCUUCAUGCAGAAAGAUGAAAGGGAAAUAGUAACCGAUGAAAAAGAGAAAUUCUUUACAGAAAAGCACUUGUUCGCUUCUGCAUUUGAUCUAAUGCUGGGUGGGACAGAAACAACGUCCACUACAAUACAGUGGGCUAUUCUGCUCAUGAUGAAAUAUCCUGAGAUACAGAAAAAAGUCCAAGAGGAAAUAAAAAAUGUGAUAGGACUUGAGCGUCCUCCAAGAUGGGAUGACCAGAAAGUCCUUCCAUACUGCUUGGCGGUGGUCCAUGAAGUUCAGCGCUUUGUUAACAUCUUCCCGUACUUACCACAUGCCACACCCUCAGAUGUCCAUUUCAGAGAUUACUUCAUUCCCAAGGGAACCACAGUGAUCCCUCUGUUCUCAUCUAUUCACUACGAUGAGACCCAAUGGGAGACUCCCAAACAGUUUAACCCGAAUCAUUUCUUAGAUGCCGCUGGCAAGUUUUUAAAGAAAGAUGCAUUCUAUCCAUUCUCCAAAGGGCGCAGAGUGUGUGCUGGAGAGAGCCUGGCCAGAAUGGAGCUAUUUCUUUUCAUCAUUGGAAUGCUACAGAAGUUCACCUUCACUCCUCCUCCAGGAAUGACUGCAGAUGACAUGGACAUCACUCCAGAAGCAGUUUUUACCUUACGACCAAAGAAUUACAAAGUUUGUGCAAUUCCCAGACACGUUUCCUCCAAAGAGAUGACUCUACAAGAUGCCAAAGUGACAAACAGCGGAUCAUAAGCUCCCUGAGAAGGGAGCUACUGAAGGUCCAUGGACGCAGCCAUGAUAAAAUGGCAAUUGUAAAAAAGUGGUCGGACCUGAAACGCCGGAACAUGGCUCAGGUCCGACAUCUCCAGGAAAAAUUCCACCCAGGAGCUCCUCAACCAUCUGUGCGGCCCAAGAGUACAAGGCGACAGGCCGAGGAGGAGGAGGAGGAAGAGGAGGAGGAGGCACAGGAGGAGGAGGAGCAGCCAGGGCCCUCCCACGGUGGCCAAAACCCCUCAACACCACCACCACCACCACAGGAAGAAGAGGAGGGGGAUUCCUCCACAAGUUCUGUGGCCUACACUCCAAAUC